CCGCAGCCUGAGCUUAGCCCAGUUUCCUCCAGGCUCGGAGGGAGAGGACCCCGUUCUGGGGUUUGGGAGAAGAGAGUCGUGUAGUCCUGGCACUCAUAGAAGCGACGAGAGAGAGACGGCCAGUCUGUCAGCUUUCCACUAUCCGCGUGACUGUAUUGGUCUGUCUGCUAUCCGCUAUGCCGCUGCCCGUUGCGCUGCAGACCCGCUUGGCCAAGAGAGGCAUUCUCAAACAUCUGGAGCCCGAACCGGAGGAAGAGAUCAUUGCCGAGGACUAUGAUGAUGAUCCUGUGGACUAUGAGGCUACCCGGUUGGAGGGCCUGCCACCAAGCUGGUACAAGGUGUUUGACCCUUCCUGCGGGCUCCCUUACUACUGGAAUGUGGACACAGACCUUGUGUCCUGGCUGUCCCCACAUGAUCCCAACUCCGUUGUUUCCAAAUCUGCCAAGAAGCUCAGGAGCAGUAAUGCAGAUGCUGAGGAGAAGUUGGAUCGGAGCCAUGAGAAAUCGGACCGGGGCCACGAGAAAUCGGACCGAGGUCACGAGAAGUCGGAACGCGGCCAUGAGAAGUCAGAACGGAGCCAUGAGAAGUCUGACAGAGACCGGGAGCGUGGUUAUGACAAGGUGGACAGAGAGAGAGAGCGGGACAGGGAUCGGGACCGGGACCGCGGGUAUGACAAGGUGGACCGGGAAGAGGGCAAAGAACGGCGCCACCAUCGCCGGGAGGAGCUGGCUCCCUACCCCAAGAGCAAGAAGGUGGCAAGCCGGAAGGAUGAAGAAUUAGACCCCAUGGACCCCAGUUCGUACUCAGAUGCACCCCGGGGCACGUGGUCAACAGGACUCCCCAAGCGGAAUGAGGCCAAGACGGGUGCAGACACGACAGCAGCCGGGCCCCUCUUCCAGCAGCGCCCUUACCCAUCCCCGGGGGCUGUGCUCCGGGCCAAUGCCGAGGCCUCCCGAACCAAGCAGCAGGACUGAACCUUCCCCAGCCCGGCCCACCCUGGGGUUCUUAAUAAAAGCUUUUCGGUGGAUCAUG